AUAAAGAUGUUGAGGGCUUAAGUGCCGUGAAAAUAAACCGCUGUUGAGGGAUGGUUUAAGUACUUGUAGUGACUGACGGUUCUUUUUUACGCUGUGUGUAUUAACAGAAGCUAAAUCGUGUUAUAUUCAAAAGCGUACUUCCUCGCUCGUAGUCAACUAAUACGAGAUGGAAGACGAAGCGAAGUGGCUGUGGAAAACGAAAGGGUUCUUUGACUGUUUCAACCUCUGUUACCAGCUGACCCUCGCCGCCCGGGAGCCCCUGGCCGAGGAAUGCGUGACCCGGGCUCUUUCGCAUCUCUUCAGAAAGGUUCCUCCCUUGCGCACGUGUUAUGGGCGGAGAGACGGCGACACGUGGCUCAGGGAGAUGGCAAAGGAGAUCGUUGACUUCGAGAUAGUUCCAGAUACCACGAUGAGGGACAUGCAUGACAAACUACAGCAUCGCCAAUACAACACCUGGACGGGGCCUUUGUGGUGUGCUCGGCUCUGGCCAAGACCCCUUUCCUCCCUCCCAGAUGACGAGCUGGGGUUGGACAAGUCUCGCUUCCCUCACGCAUACACGCUGUUCUUCGGUUUCCAUCAUGGCAUUAGCGAUGGCAACACCAACAUGAGGAUAUGCGGCUUCUUCGUGCAACUCCUCAAUGACGUCUUGGCCGGAAAAGCUGUCAAGGAUGAGGAACAACUGGGCAUCCUCGUGUCCGACGAGAGGACGAAGAGGCUCUUGGAAGAGCGAAUAGCCAAGAUGGAGGCUGACCCUCAAGUCAAGCAGGGGGCACUGGACGAUUACAAUGCUCGCCACGAAACGCAUUCUCUGAUAGGGUCGACAUUUCAAGGUGUGGGAGACAAGGCAGGAAGGAGCUUGCUGUUGGCAAGGGAUGUGGACGUCGCCACCACCGCCCAGUUUGUGAAACGUUGUCGUGCUGAAAAGGUUAGCGUCAACUCGGCCUUCACAGCGCUGGCGAACGUGGCCUUGGUGGACCUCCUGGUGGAGGGAGGACUUGAGCAGGACACGUACAGCAUUCGCGGGACCACAUCUUGA